CCCACAAACAUUCUCCUUCACACAGCCAAAACAGAACGACGAAAAUAACUUAAAAAUCCGUGUAUUUGCUGCCGUAAUUUAACAAUCAAUCAUUUAACUAUUUUGCAAUGAAGUGAUCAAUGCUUUAAUCAUCUUAUAGUGUUAUUCCCGAUAUCAUACUAUCCAGUAUUUACCAGUUUAUUUGUAAAUGAUUCAGUGUAUAUUUGAAACAUGUUCGUUUACACUUCGCUUUUGUUUUUUGUGUUAUUUUGUUUGAGGGGACUGCGAUACAAUGCUGACUCUGUCGUGGAUGGUACUGAAUUGCUUAUGACUUUUUUGGUUCAUCGACAUGGUGAUAGGACUCCGGUACCAUCAUCUCUAGUAUUUACCCAUCAUGCUGAUGAGCUUAAAAAGGCAUCUGACAAAUAUGGAUUUGGACAGCUAACUAACUCUGGCAAACGGCGUUCCUACCAGCUGGGCCAGUUCAUCAGACGGCGCUAUGACAAGCUCUUGUCCCGGACCUAUAAUAAGUCAGAGAUCUACGUCCGCUCCACUGACUUCACCAGGACUAAGAUGACAGUGCUGACUGCGCUUGCUGCCAUCUACCCUGCCCCUGCGGACAACUGGAGUACUAACAUCAACUGGACACCUGUCCCGUACACCACUGUGCCUGCAAAAUAUGACUUUAACUUACCAGUAGUAAACUGCCCGAAAUUCAAAGAAUCUUUCUUUAGGCCUAAAAUAACAUCAUCAGUUCCUGAAUUAGACCUGUAUGCAGACAUAUUGGAGCAUUGGUCCAAUAUAGUGGGAUACGACUUAUCAUUGGAACCCUUAAUAAUACCUUAUGCUUUAUACGACCUCUAUGCUUGUCAGAUCAGUUUAGGAGUUCCUCCGGAAGACGACAUCGUAGAUAUUUAUCCGGAGAUAGAGAAGAUCGCCACAAUAGCUAUCAAGACUAUCCUCUAUACUGAUGACAUGAGAGCCCUGUCUGCUGGUGUACUCCUGAACAAGUUCUUCACCGUCGCUAACAAGAUUAUUGCUGGACAAGACGUGCAGAAAGUUCACAUAUACUCCGCUCAUGAUUUGAACGUGUUCGCCUUCGAGGCAGCUACCAAAAUAGCCAAUCCUCCAGGAGUUCCCAAGUACGCGUCCGCAUAUGCUUUAGAAUUGAGGAAAGUGAUAGAUACUGGAGAAUAUGUUGUCGUGCCUGUAUACCUGAACACUCCCAAAACAGAAGUGAUCACUUACCUGGAGAUUGAAAAUUGUGGGCAGAUAUGUGCCUACGAGACCUUCCGAAGCAUUACUUCUAAGUAUAGCUUGAAGGAGAAUGAAUGGAGAGCUGAGUGUGGCUUCUUGGAUGACUUCAGUGUUAUUAUUGACUAAAGCCGCGUAUUCAUUACUCAACAAUAAAGAUGAUGACAAUAUUUUUAAACCUUCAUUAUAAAUACCGAAAGGUUUUAUAUUCUUUUUGACGAUACGUGACGUUCAACAUGUUCGGUAAUGUUGCAGAACUUCGCGCAACGUUGCCAGCGGGCGCGCAACAUUACACAACAUGUUAUUUGUUUCGCUACAACAUUAUUUGAAGCAUCAAAUGUUGACUAGUGGACACAAGGCUUAUAAAUUAUUUGACAUAUAAUGAUCUAAGGAAUAUUGUAAUGAGACUGAAAUAAAUGACUAUUUUU